AUGUCCGAAAACGAGCCAAUCAAGCUGAAGCUCCAGGGAACUCCUCGAGAAAUCGGACUACAACAUGGUCGCGCAUUACGGGAGCAAAUCCACAGCCAGAUAUCCAUCUACGACACCAUGUUCCAGCACACCUCAAAUCUAGCCUGGAAAGAUGUGCGCGAAGUCGCGACUGAAUUUCAGCCCACGCUCCAGAACCUAACGCCUCAUUUGCUCACGGAGAUGGAGGGUAUAGCCGAGGGCGCUGGGUUAGAUGUGCUUGACAUAAUAGCGCUCAACUGCCGAAGCGAGAUAGCUCUAGGACGAUUCUCCGAUGGCUGCACCUCACUAUGCUGGAAGAAAAGCGAGGCGACCCGAGUUCUCUCACAGAAUUGGGAUUGGACAGCGACCGUCAAGAAGAACCUAGCGAUGGUAUCGAUUGAGCAGGUUGGGAAACCUACUAUCUAUAUGGUUGCCGAGGCAGGAAUCGUCGGCAAAAUUGGGUUCAAUACCAGCGGCGUCGGAACUUGUCUUAAUGCAAUCCGCGCCAAACCGAUGAUUAGCAGCAAGGUCCCGAUCCACGUUGCACUUCGGUUGUGCUUGGAGAGUACUUCUGUCGACAACGCCGUGAAGACCCUCGAGUCUCUGGGCGGUGUCGCUUCUGCUGUGCAUAUCCUUUGUGCGGACAAUACCAAAGCCCUGGGGCUUGAGCUAUCGCCCGUGGGAGACAAGCAUAUCUCCGAGGAUGCAUCUGGAAUUAUUGGCCAUACCAAUCAUUUCCUUGAGAAUCGCUAUGUGAAUGAGCCCCCUUGGCUGUCCGGGUCGCCUAUCCGGCUCAAGCGGUUAGGCCAGCUGACGCAGGGGCUAAUUCAGGGUGGGGUUCAGGGCGAUGCUAUUACCCCUGCCUUGUUGCGAGAACGUGUCUUCUCUGAUACGUAUAACCACCCCCAGUCAAUAUGUUGCGAAGAGGAUCCAUCGCGCCAUAUCUCGAAUAGAAGUAGUUCUUUGUUCAACAUCGUAAUGAACUUGGACCCGAAGAAUCUGGGAGCGCAAGUGGUGUUCGGCCGGGUUGGGUCUGGAGAGGAAGGGCCAGUGUUGAUAAUGCCUUGGUGA